UGUCUAGUGUGACUUACAUCUUCUUUAUGAUUUGCCAGCUAUUACACGAUAGCAAAUGCACAGAAAGUUCCAUAAAAAUACACAACUGUAGUGAAGUUCCCUUUAAGGGGACCGCGUUCAACCGGGCACCGGCCAACUUUUUUUGUACUAGUGCCGCACGAAGGGCCUUUGUUUCCCUGCUACAUAUAGUUGUAUUAAGCCCCAUAUCACUAACUUCAUAAUACACUUCUUUUCUUCAUUCAAAAUAUUGCACACAAACAUGGUAGAUACAUUGACUGAAUUAUGCUCCAAACUUGCUGGACUGAUGUUCAUUUUGGGUACAAUUCAGCAACUUGUCCCUCAUUCUUUCUACAAGCGCAUCAAAACAUUGUGGCAUCGAAUAGAAAAUUAUUUCUACCCUUAUGUCCAAAUUACCAUCGAUGAAUACUCCAACUAUAAAAGAAAUGAAGUUUACUCUCUUAUAAAAGUUUAUUUAGGUACUAAGUCCACUAACGAUGCAAAGUAUCUUAAAGCUGAAAUGUUCAAGAAGAGCAAGUUUUUAGCUGUUAGCUUGGAUGAAGGAGAAGAGGUAAUUGAUGAAUUUCAUGGUGUGAAGCUCAAAUGGAACUCUUACACGGAAACAUUCCCUGAUAAUUCUUCAGGGGGGCGUUCUCAACUUCCGAUUGAAAAGAAAUGUUAUACGCUAACUUUCAAUAAGAAAAAUCAAGAGAUGGUCACCGGACAAUACUUGAAACAUGUGAUGGAAGAAGGGAAGGCCAUUGAGUUCAAGAACAAGAAGCAGAAGAUCUACUCUAACGAAGAAGGGGAGAGGUAUUGGUAUGGUAAAGGUAUGUGGAGGAACAUAAAUUUCGAGCACCCUGCAACAUUUGAUACACUGGCUAUGGAUCCUACGAAGAAGGAAGAAAUAAUCAAUGAUCUCGUUGCUUUCAGCAAGGGGAAGGACUACUAUUCCAAGGUUGGAAAGGCGUGGAAGCGCGGUUAUCUUCUUUAUGGUCCACCAGGGACUGGAAAAUCAACUAUGAUUGCAGCAAUUGCGAAUUACUUGAACUAUGAUAUUUAUGAUCUCGAGCUCACCUCAGUUAAGGAUAACUCAGAGCUUAAGAAAUUGCUCAUGGAAACAACAAGCAAGUCCAUCAUUGUCAUUGAAGAUAUCGAUUGUUCUAUUGAUCUCACGGGCAAGAGAAAGAAGAAAAAUAAAAAGGAAACAACGAAUGAGGAGGAGGAAGAAGAUUCAGACUCGACCACAGAGAAAAAGAACGACAAGAAUGAAUCUAGCAAACUUACUCUUUCGGGGCUUUUGAAUUUCAUAGAUGGAAUAUGGUCAGCUUGUGGUCAAGAGAGAAUUAUUAUAUUUACGACUAAUCAUGUGGACAAACUUGAUCCAGCUCUGAUACGUAGAGGACGGAUGGAUAUGCACAUUGAGAUGUCGUAUUGCAAAUAUGAAGCAUUCAAAGUGUUGGCUAAGAAUUACUUGGGAAUCGAAACACAUCCUCUGUUUCAAGAGAUUCAAAGUUUAUUAGAGGAAGUAGACGUGAGUCCUUGUGAUGUGGCUGAGAACUUGAUGCCCAAAAAUGCUUCAGGAAACCCUGAGAUUUGCUUGGAAAGCUUAGUCAAAGUUUUGAUAAAGGCCAAGAGAAAGGCCAGCUUGAAUUCCCACAAGAACAAAAAAUCCUCCACAAAACUAAUCAUAACUUAUGGCCGUUUCAAAAAGCUGUUUCAAUGAUGUUUUUACCUUUAAUUCUUAACUCUUUUUUCACUUGUUGGGGGUCCGGAGGUAGACUUUUUCCUUGUAUACAACAACAAUAACACAACAUACCUAGUUUGGGUUUCGGGGAGGGUGGAGUGUACCGAAACCUUAUCCCUACUACCUUUGUAGGGUAGAUAGUAGAGAGGUUGCUUCCAACAAUCAGUUCUAGUUCUAGAAAAAAUAAGAUGCUGUUACGUUGUACUCUUUUCCUUUUGUAUUUUCACACUUGUGUUUGUCUAACCAAACAUACUCUUUAAAUUAUUGCUAAAGCUUUCUCUGUUGA